CGUACAAGGGCUAUUCUAACUACUUUGAACUGCAAAAAAUUUCAUCUCUACACCAACAUUCCAAAUAGUCCGACACUGCCCCCUUUUGGUGGUUAGCGAGCCCAAGGGUCAAAGUUCAGGUAGCUUGAUUAUCACUACUUUAUCUAGAACUGGACCAUAUAGCCAUGUGCAGGCGUGUUGCUAGCAGCAUUGCCAUUGUACAGACUCGAUAGGUGACCAUAAAAGAGGAGAGCUAAUAAGCACUGUCUUCUGAGGAAAAAAAUGAAGACAGAGGUCAGUCACAAGGCGAUAGCAGCAGGUGGCAAGAUGACAGUGCUCCAUGCUCCAGUUGGAGUGAGGAGCAUCGCCACCUCCUUGGUGGCUUUCUUCAUCUUGGCCAGCUCCAUCGUCUUCCUCUUCGACAAAGGCCAGGAAGAUCGAGUGCAAAUGGCAGUCGAGCAUGGACGCCAAGAAGUGCAGGUGAAGCUGGAAACUGGGCUACAAGAACCAGCGAUCAGAGGGACAACUGAAGAGGGGGACGCCAGCAACGAGGAGUGCAACUGGUCGAGGGGGCAGUGGGUGUAUGACAAUGUGUCCCGGCCAUUGUACAACGGGCUCAAGUGCACCUUCAUCUUCCCCGAGGUGGCCUGUGACAAGUAUGGAAGGAAGGAUGUCAUGUACCAGCACUGGAGAUGGCAGCCUCAUGGAUGCGACCUCCCAAGAUUCGAUGCCAUCAAGCUGCUUGAAAAGCUGAGGAACAAAAGAUUGGUGUUUGUGGGUGACUCAGUCAACAGGAACCAAUGGGUCUCUCUCGUGUGCAUGGUGGAGGCCUCAAUACCCGAUGACAGGCUCAAGACACGCAUCUUCAAUGGCGCGCUCAUCUCCUUCAAGGCAUUGGAAUACAAUGCAACAAUAGAUUUCUACUGGUCACCACUACUGGUGGAGUCUAACAGCGACAACCCCAUUAUCCACCGGGUGGAGUACCGGAUCAUAAGGGCAGACAGAAUUGAGAAGCAUGCCAGUGUCUGGAGGGAUGCUGACAUCAUUGUCUUCAAUUCUUACCUGUGGUGGAGGAAGCAGAAGGAUGACAUGAGGAUGAAGGUCAUGUAUGGUUCAUUUGAAGACGGUGAUGCAAAGUUAGACGAAAUGGAAAUGGUCGAUGGUUUCGAGAUAGCUCUCAAGAAACUAACGGAAUGGCUUGGAGAGAAUAUUGUCAAGAACAAGACUAGGAUCUUUUUUGCAGGAUCAUCACCAGCACAUUCCUGGGCUAGCGACUGGGGCGGCGAAGACAAAAACAAAUGCCUUAACGAAACAGAACCGAUCUACAAAACGGGAUACAAAGCUGCAACUACAGAUUACAGCUUGAUGGCCACCGCUAAGUCCUAUUUCCAAACAUUGGAGCCGAAAGGCAUACAUGUUCAGAUACUGAAUAUCACAGAGAUUUCUGACUACCGGAAGGACGGGCAUCCGACCGUGUUCAGGAAACAAUUUGCUCCUCUAACGAAAGAGCAAAUUGCAGACCCAGCCAGUUACGCAGAUUGCACACAUUGGUGCCUCCCCGGAGUCCCCGAUGUGUGGAAUGAGUUUUUAUAUGGCUACCUCGUGCAUAAAUAAUGUACAAAAACGUCAGGUUCGUUUUACCCCUUGUAUAUAUAUAAUGUACAAAUGGUAUACUCCAUUUAGAUUAGGAUGCUCUUGUGCAGAGAAUGGUUGGCCCUAUUACAUUUACAUGUAGAGACAGAUAAAAGGAGGAAAGUAAGGAUCUGUCUGUUCAUCACCUAAUGGGAUCAGUGUACUUACUAUUUGUUUACAUCUAAUCUCACAGAGCAACAUGGUUUUGUAAGAAAUUUGUCAUGGCAAAGAAUAACUUAAGAAUGAUUAACUGUCCUAGACUCCUAGAUGUCCCUGAAAUCCAGUUCAGUUCAAUUCAGUCAUACCAGGCAAAGGAACAAAAGCACACUUGACGUUUGAGUGGUGGGUACUGUACUGUACUGGGUAGGUCAAGGAGAGAAGAGAAGAGCAACCUGAAGCUGCUAUCGCUGCUGAGCCGAACACAAGUUCCAGUUGUCGCCGGCUCGCCGCACACAGCAGCAUACAUCACCCGCCGACCCGCGGCCGCGGAGGGGGCACGUCGUCAUCGCCGCCCUGGGUUGCUAUGGCCACCGCCACCGGACGUCCAGCCGGCUCCGCCGCAGUUAUCCGGGCCGUGGGCCUUAUACGGGCUGAAAGGCCAACCCAUGUUGGCUGAUAUGGCCCGGCAACGGCCCAUGUUUAACAGCCGCCGGGGCCUGCGAUCCUCUCGUCUCGUUUCGUCGUCCUGCGGCUGCAUCUGCUGUUUCCUCCUGGAUUCCGCCGCCGCUUCCCGAGUCCGACGACGGUAACGACGACGCCAACGCCAACGCCAACGCCGACGCCUCAGGCUCAGGCUCAGGCUUGGUGCUCCUCGACAGGUGGUGCUACAUCGCCAACCUACGUGGUCAUGGAGUGGGUGCGGAACAAAUCAACAAGGAAACUCAGGGUCUUCCGUGAUGGAUGCAAGGCAACAACAUGGACCAUGACACUACCAGUUGAUUGUGAUGAUUCCCAACGACCGUGGGAGAAGGAGAAGGAGAACUGCUGGCACCGUCACUCGGAAAUUGAUGUUCAAGAUGUCACCUUGCAGUUGGAUGCCAGCAGCAAUGCGUGUCCUUCUAACUUGUUGGCUAUGCUGUGCUGCAGCAAGACCACGGAAAUGUUGAAGGAGCCUCAGAUUUCAUGCCCCAUCAUGAGAAGGGAGUGCUUCGGGGGAUUGGCCGAGCUUGAUGUCCAGAAGAACUUCAUUCUCACUGACAACAUCUUCAGCAGUGACAUCUGCAGGCAUCUUCUAUCUGAGGAAGGUUACAGGCACAAUCGAAGCAUGAGGUGAUUAUAGGAGCGUCCCGCUGCACUUCUUUUGGCACAGUACUCUUGAACGGGAGCGUUCAGACAUUGAUGGGCUCUUGGCUGAUCCCACCAAAUUCCCUGUGUCGUUUACG